CCGUUCAUCUCAUUUUGCUUUGCCUUUACUGUUCCUCUCUCUCUCUCUCUCUCUCUCUCUCUGUGCAAGAUUUCCUCCAUUGCAAACCAAGCUUCCCUUUCCAGCUCUUGCUAGGUCCCUCAAGAAAUCAAGACAGACGCACAUACUUGCACAUUGCUCUGCAUUUCGCCACCAACCCAUUUCGCCACCUUGGCUUUUCUUUCGCUCUAAAAACUCCCAUCUCUCUCUCUCGCUCGUUGGACUUUAAAGAUUGGAUUUUUGGGCGAUCCUCUUUUUGCCAUUUCCUUCCAUUGUUAUUCUCAGUUAUAUCGAGGCAUUCGUUCAGCUGGUGAGCGGCUCUUGUACUGGAAAUCUAGUCUUUCUUGGGGUUUCUGGUUUGUGGCUUGUUGCUAUGUUGUUUGGUGUUGCAGGUCUACAGUGGGCUAUCUAUGCUCAUUGAAUCCUUGUUUGCUCAUAAAAAAGAAGCCCUUUCUUUGCUUCCCUGGGUGCUUAAGGAAGAAGAUCGAGGGGGUUAACUCAGAUCGGCCAUAAAGGAACAUUGUAUAUCUGCUGAACUGAAGUGACAGGGCCCAGAAUUUUCUUGAAUUUCUGUGUCUGGGCCAGAAGAAAUGUCGUCGAAUGGUUCUCUAGAUGCACAUUUGUCAGCGAAGACAUCAUUUUUGGGUUUGAAGUUAUGGGUAUUGAUUGGCCUAUGCGUUGCUCUAUUCAUAGUCUUAAUUCUUUGUAUAUUAUCGGUAUGGAUUACAUUCAGAAGAAGAUCAAAAAGAACAACAGACAAGUAUCCUCUUUCCCAAAUACCCAAUGUGUCAAAGGACAUCAAGAUCGACAGGGUUGGACCUCAGAGUUUCCAAGAUUACCCGGAAGGUGUCUUUCUUACAAUUAAUGAGAAACCAGCCAAUAAGAAUCCAAACACACAACUAGUUCAUCUGGCUACAAGCAAGAGUGAUCCAGAUAAUCUCAGUCAGUGUAGCUCAGUUUAUCAUCAUGAGAGAGGAUUCAGUUCACACUCAGGAGAAGUAGGAAGCCCAGGAGCAAUCCAAAAGAAUCACUCAUCACUGUCAUAUGGUGGACUUGUGACAGCUUCUCCUUUAAUUGGUUUGCCGGAAAUUUCGCAUCUUGGGUGGGGCCACUGGUUUACUCUUAGGGAUCUUGAGACUGCAACUGGUUGGUUUGCUGCAGAGAAUGUGCUUGGGGAGGGUGGAUAUGGAGUUGUUUACAGGGGCAGAUUGGUUAAUGGCACGGAGGUAGCGGUCAAGAAAAUUCUUAAUAAUCUGGGACAAGCAGAAAAAGAAUUUAGGGCUGAGGUUGACGCCAUUGGUCAUGUCCGACAUAAGAAUCUCGUACGGCUUCUGGGAUAUUGCAUAGAAGGAGUUAACAGGAUGCUGGUGUAUGAGUAUGUGAACAAUGGUAACUUAGAGCAGUGGCUACACGGAUCUUUGGGGCAAAAUGGUGGCCUAACUUGGGAAGCUCGCAUGAAGGUCAUUCUUGGAACUGCAAAGGCGCUUGCAUAUUUACAUGAGGCAAUAGAACCCAAAGUUGUUCACCGAGACAUAAAGUCAAGUAACAUUUUGAUUGAUGAUGAAUUUAAUGCAAAGGUGUCCGACUUCGGAUUAGCCAAGCUUCUGGGUUCAAAUGAAAGUCACAUUGCAACUCGAGUAAUGGGAACGUUUGGUUAUGUGGCACCAGAGUAUGCUAACACUGGCUUGUUGAAUGAGAAGAGUGAUGUCUACAGCUUCGGGGUCCUCCUGCUUGAAGCUGUUACUGGGAGAGAUCCUGUGGACUAUGGUCGUCCUACUAAUGAGGUAAAUCUUGUUGAGUGGCUAAAGUUAAUGGUAGGGACGAGAAGAGCUGAGGAAGUUGUGGACCCAAAUCUCAAUAUAAAACCAACAACACGUGCUUUAAAACGUGCCCUUCUGGUUGCUCUUAGAUGUGUCGAUCCUGAAUCGAACAAGAGACCUAAAAUGACCCAGGUUGUACGCAUGCUUGAAGCCGAUGAGUACUCUUCAAGAGAGGGUCGGAGAAACCAGAGAAGCCAUACCACCAGCAAGGAAAUUGAACCUGCCAAGGAAGCCUCUGGUUCUGGUGACAUGAGAAACAAGGUGGACGAUCUGGAGAGCCUCCACUGAGACAAGUGGUGCAUAGGACUGACAAGAUGAUCCCGGUUAAAGAUUUCCUUGACCUGACAUUCCUUCAAACUUUCGAGCACGCAUUUUCUGUUUUCCAUAUUGCGGAGCAGUUUCCGUUUCAGAUAGGAAGUAUUAAAUGGAUCUGAGGAUGUUGAAUGCAGUGAUCAUUUUUCCUUGUUUCACAAGUGUCGGCAGGCAAUAUUUAAAUAGAACCACCUGCGACCCCACAAGAGAGAGAGAGAGAGAGAGAGAGAGAGAGAGAGAGGACUUGAUGUAUAGGUAUGCUUUGGUGCCGAACUAUCUCUACGAAUGAUGUAUUACUCAUCGUCUGUAGUUAUCUUAUAUAGAGUUCAAACUUUUCUUUUAAUA